UGCGCGGGGCCGCCCUGUCUCCGGUUCCGGUUCCGGUGGGGGAGGAAGAAGCGCCGCUGACACCGGCUGGACCGGGCCGGGGAUACCGUGGGCGAUGCGGACGUCUCUGUGAAAUAUGAACAUUGAAAACAAUCUAGAAGGUUUCCUUAAAUGUGGCCACACGAGCGUCCUGCAAUCUCCCAGGGGUCUUCCAGGAAUUGGGAACCCUGACCAUCCCUGCCCAACAGCACUUCGGACAGAGAGGCAGACGGACGUCUUGCAGAGUCGGGAGGAGAUGAUGUCGCAGGACGAACUGAUGGUGCAGGAGGAAACCGUGAAAAACGAUGAGGAGGAGGUGGACGCUCAGGAACGGCUCCUCCCCCCCGGGUUCCAGUAUACGGUUCACGUGAAACAAGAGAUAAAAUUCUCGGAGGAAAUGGAGCCCCAUUUAAUGGAGAGCACGCAGCUGCCGGAGCCGGUGGAUCUACAGAAGAAGAAGAAGAGAAAACAGCGUUCCCCGGCCAAGAUCCUCACUAUUAAUGAAGAUGGCUCACUGGGUCUGAAGAUCCCCAAAUGCCAUGUGUGUGAGCACUGCAAUGCAGCCUUCAGAACCAACUAUCACCUGCAGAGACACGUCUUCAUACAUACGGGUGAGAAACCUUUCCAGUGCAGCCAGUGCGAUAUGCGUUUCAUUCAGAAGUAUCUCCUGCAGAGACACGAGAAGAUACACACAGGAGAAAAGCCUUUCCAUUGUGACGAGUGCGGAAUGCGUUUCAUUCAGAAAUACCACAUGGAGCGGCACAAGAGAACCCACAGUGGGGAGAAGCCUUACCAGUGCGAGUACUGUCUGCAGUACUUCUCCAGGACAGACCGGGUACUUAAACACAAGCGGAUGUGCCAUGAGAAUCGUGAGCAGAAAGUGGUGAAAUGCAUCGGGAAAUCGGGGCUCUUAUCGCCAGAUGGUGACGCUGUCUUCUCUGCCACAACCAAAGAGUGCGCUCUACUGAAAAAGAAGCAGAGGACAGAUAAGAUGAAGCUCUUGGUAUUGAGUGAAAAAGACCAUCUGGAAAAGGCGGAGCAGAAAAAGGUGAAGCCGGACUUCCUGCCCGUCUACCCGGACAGCACCAAAGUGAAAGACGAGUACAUGGUGGCGGAGUACGCCUUGGAACUGCCCCACCCCUCGCACUUACAGGAAACCGUGUCCAGGAACAUCAGUCCUCCCAAACUGCUCAUCAAAAAGGUCAACAGCAAAAAGAGUAUGAAGCAUGUGCUGGAGCAGAGCCAGGUGCUGGAGCAGGGUCCGGCCUUGUCCGCCCUGUCUGCCUUUGACGACGGUAAGGUAGCGAAGUAUACCUUUGAACUAGUAGAGAAACAGGCGCUGCUCGACUCUGGAAGCAAUUCCGACAUGGACCACGGCGACCCGCUGCAGGACGGGACCCCCAAACCGUCCAACAGCAGCGUCAGCUACGAGGAGGCCAUGCAGUUCUCAAAGAAGAAGAGGUACUUGCUGGCGGCCACCAGCAACAGCAGCAGGGAGUAUGCCCUAAACGUGGGCACCAUGGCAUCGCAGCCCUCGGCUACGCAGGCGGCCGUGGCAAGCGUGCUGGACGAGAGCGGCACGGCCACUCUCAUAGACGCCCAAUCGCUGAGCGUGGACCUUAAAACCAACCACGACAAGAACGUGAUUCCCGACGAGGUUUUGCAGACCCUCUUGGAUCAUUACUCGCACAAGGCGAACGGGCAGCACGAGAUCUCGUUCAGCGUGGGAGAUACAGAGGUAACUUCCAGCAUAUCGAUUAACUCCUCUGAGGUGGGGGAAUCCAGCCAACCCGAGACCUUGGGGGCCACUGUCCAGGUCCCUCAGUCAGACAAGGCCAGCAUGCUGCAGGAAUACUCCAAGUUUCUGCAGCAGGCGUUGGACCGGACAAGCCAAAACGAUGCCUAUUUGAACAACACGAGCCUGAACUUUGUCACUGACAGCCAGGCUCUCUCCAGCACGCCUGCCUUCCCCACGCUGGACAAGCACGUCUACGCCGCACUUCCGAUCAGCACUUUCCGGGCGGGGCUGGCCACCCCGCUGAGGGUGUCUCCUGACAAAACACACUUUGGCCUCAUAGUGACUGACCCCCAGAACGCCUUCAGCUUUACAGCGGAUGACGGUUCCCACACGUCCCCUACGCCCUCCUCUUCGGCGCAGGAUUUCAUCGAGCAAGUGACGGGGCAGAAGAAGACGGAAUCGCAGCCUGUCCAUCAGGCGUACCAGCUGAACGCUUUUGAGCAACCCUUCAGGGCACAGUACCAUGGCACCCGGACUGGGAUAUCUCCCCAGUUCGGUACUGCCAACGGACAGGUGACCCUGAGGCAGCCAGCCGCCAGUGCCGAUUUCCCAGAAUUCCCCCUGGUGAAUGUUAAUGAGAGCAGGACCCAGCUGACGUCUAGCCCUGACCCCACCACUAGCCAGACCUUUGGCUAAUGCUUUAAUUGUGUCCCGUCCAAUCCCCCCCCCCCUUCCCCUUCCCACCCUCUUCCUGGUCACCAGAGGGCGACAGCUGCACAUUGCUGAACAUGUUAGGAAGUCACUGUGUAAAAGCAGCAUUCUGUGUAUCCCAAAGCACGCGUAGCAUAUGACAGUACCCCAGUGUUCGUGUAACGAGCCGGUGCUGCUUCCCUGCGCUCGCAGGAGGCCGGCUUCACUCUGUGUCAGUAUACUGAGAACUGAGCGCUUGCUGGCUUGUGUUCUGGGGUUGUCCAUAACGUGUUGGUACUGCAGAGAGCCUGAGUUGUGGCCGCUGGGAAGAAGGCAGGGCGUUCUCGUGCUCAGGCUGCUGCUUUAACCCAUCCAGGGUCACUGGGGAUGCUUAUUUUACCCUCUAAAAAAAAAAAAAAAGUUAUAAGGCACUUUAAAGAGACCUGGCUCAAGUCGCGGUUCUAGAA